AUGUCUGAUCUUGGGUACAAUGGUUUCCCUGUGUUUCUCAACUACUUCAGUGGGAUCCCAGACACAAGUCUCAUAACCAAUGACUCGUUGUCGAUUCAGUUCAAGGCUCUACUUAAGAAGGACCCCACCACAAAAGAGAAGGCCCUUGGAGAAUUGAUUAAACUUCAACAAGUUAAUGAUGAUAAUGCAGAUGCGUUGAUCACAUGUUGGAUCCAGAUGUAUCCGAAGUUGGCUAUAGACAAUUCCAAGAAUGUUCGGGUGUUGAGUCAUCAAGUGACGAGUCAUAUUGUAUCAGUAUUGGGUGGUGGCAAAUCUUUGGCCAAGUACUUUAAAAGUUUUAUACCCAUUUGGUUGAUGGGUACCUAUGAAAGCGAUAAGGUGGUUUCUACCACGUCGUACAAGGAGUUAUUGGUAUGUUUUGCCAAUGAUAAGGAGAAGUUAGACACCAAGGUGUGGAUGAUCUUUGAGGAGCCCAUCCUUCAAUUCAUAGAGUCAGUUAUUAUGAUUGAUACUUGGUCCACGUUAUCGGACGAUAGGUAUGUGACAAAGGACGAUUCCAUAAUGAAAUAUGAACGGGUUUUAGGCAGUGUAGUGCUUAUGCUUAACAAGAUGAUCUUACUCAAUCAGAUAUCUAAUAUGGACAAGGUUGACCAUAUUUUAAAGUCAAAUCAGUUAUGGCAGUGGUUAGCGUGUUAUCUGAACAACGGGUAUUUGUUCAAGACCAUUCUUAUAUUGAUAAAGUCGGUUUUCAACGGAGGGAUGCUCGUCAAUAAAGAUAUCCAUAAGGUUGUCAGCAAAAGUUUCUUCAAAGAAGUGAAGUUGAAGUCUUCAAAAUCAAAUAAUCCAGUGGUUUAUAAAUCCUUUAUCCUCCAGUUCUGGUCAACCCUUGAUACGUUGACAAAAUUUAAAGAUCCCAGAUGUAAAAAGAGUUUUUGGCAAUUGGGAGGUUCAAAAAGUUUCAAUAGACUCGUGGAUUAUUUGAAACUUGGUCCAUGUUCUCUGGAUCCAGUGUAUUACAUUAUCUUGAGUAACUUCUUUGAGUCUUUAUACGAUCAAACUCCAACUAAUGAAGAUAAUGAAGAUGUUGUGCUUAAUUUCAGUAGUAAGGAAGAUGGAGAAUCGAUUCUAUUGAAGAUUUUGGUUAAACAAUUUACAAAUCUGCCUUUGAUAACGUAUAAAAUCAAAUGUCUUGAAUGCAUCUUAAGAGUUUGGACCUUAUUUGCUAAUGAAUUGGACCCAAUGGAUUCCAAUGACCUUCUAAAAAGAAUAUUCUCCAUUGUACUCGAAGACAAAGUCAAUGCCAAUAUUCUUGAGGUCUUGGUUAGCAGUAUGAAGCAAGCAGAUAACGUGGAUGAUAUAUUGAAGAAUUAUACCGAACCCAUUUGCCGUGCCAUUAGUGAAAAUGAUUUUCAAAUGGAACGGUUGACUAUUAACUUCAUUCAACUAUUAGCUCUCCUCGAUACACCUGAGGUUCUUCAACAAUUGUUGGAUCUGAUAUCCACCAGCGUUGAAGAAAACGAAUCAUUAGUGGAACCUACACUUCUAUUCCAAGUUAUGAUGUUCAUCUUGGACCAUAAUAAGUUUGAUAUUACGACUUUGAUUGCAUUGGCCCCUAUGUAUAUCGAACAGUCUUUCAUUGACAUUCCAUUGAAGUUCUUGAAAAAAUUGGUCAGUUCAAGCUAUCAUUAUGAAGACAUUGAACAACUUGUUGAUGAUUAUUUUAUUAAAAUCCAAGCAGUCGAUCCCAAUCAGCUUGUAUCCCUUUUGGAGAUUAAAGACUUGCCCGUGUCAAUAGACUCUGAAGUUGGGAAAUGGCUUUUAGGAAUCUCCACAAAUCCAAAAUACUCACAAGUCCUAUUAAAAUACCUUCAUCUACCAGGUAUAGUCAAUAACAUCUUGAGCAAUUCCAAAGAUGACGAUAUCUAUUUGCUGCUUAUAGGAAAGUCGGAUGUGGCUGUAUCCAAUGAGAUCCUUCAAGUGUGUUGGAGAAAUGGUGAUAACCUUGGCGUUCAAGAUUAUAUUCGAUCAUUGGAUCCAGAGCUAUACACAGUAUCCUUUAGAGACUUCAUAUUAAAUACCAAAUCAACAACAGACCAAGACCAUUUGAAAUCACUACUGAAGCUCUGUAAUGAUUCCUUGUUAGGUUUGCUUCAAGAUUAUGUUAAAGAUAAUAUUGAACACUUGGACGUGGAUUCAUUAUUGAUUUCCAAUCCUCUUCAACACAAUGUUGCCUUAGUUCGGGCCAGUGAUGGUGAUAAGUCCAAACCAAUAAUCAAUGGGAAUAUCUUGAAACUUGGACAUUUCAUCAACAAUGUGGACCAUCUUAAAACUUCCCAGUUCACUAUCUUGUGUGGUAUAAUUAGUGAGUACAUUCUGGAUUAUAACCUGUUGAACAAUUUGGUUGAAGUCAAUGAAGAUCUGAUACUGUUAAGAACAAAUUUACAGAGCAAGUUCCAAUCUGGAACAAGCCUUGAUCUUGGUGUUGUAUUUGGUGAAGACGGAAGCAACUCUAAUUCCAAUCCAUGUGCUAUGCUUGUUGAAUAUGUCAAUUACAAAGACAUUUCCAUGUUCAAUUUUUACUGUGCUCGAUUAUUGAAGCAAUUGCUUGAUAAUUCCACUGCAUUUGAAGUGACAACGAACUUGACAAAAUUAUCACCACUUUUAAUCGCUGCUUUUCUCAAAAGUGAUAUGAUGGAGCACUUCAAUAAGUCCCAACAGAACUACGACCGGUUGAAGAACUAUGUCUUUGCUGAGAUCUUGGGUGUUAAAUCAAAUGAUAUCAUGAAUUCAGGCAUUAAGUGGUUGACAUUAAGUUUGAACUUCCUCGAUGAAAUUGAAACUAUACCCUCUCAACGGUUGAACAUGGUUUUAAGUCAACUUGGAAAGUGGUUGGAGAGUGAAAAAGCAUAUGAUCCAGAAUUCUUGACUGUCAGAGUAUUGCUUUCCAUAUUCUUUGGAGGAAUAAUGAAUCACCAGCCAGAAAACGAAAAAGUUUAUGAAUUGGCUAAUACUUUAGUUGUGGAUAACUUGGAAACAAUCACAACUACUCCUCAAAGUGUUUCGUUGCGCUAUUUCACCUUCAAGUUGAUGAAGGUCAUCAUUAAAAAUCAAGGUGGUGAUUAUAAUGAAUUAUUAUUGGACAUUUUGAUAAACAAAGAUAUCCAAUUGUAUGAUGAGAAUAUCAAUAAUCAAGUAGUGGUCAAUUGUUAUGGGGCAUUACAACGAGUGAUCGAAGCUCAAAAGCCUUCGUUCAAAAUCAUUGGCGCUAACUUAGACAGCUUCUAUUCUCUUGUUACCCAAAGACAUAUCGCUUCCUUACAAAGAAUUGGGGUGUAUUUAUUACAUGAUUUCAUCAUCAAUGAACAACAGGAAUUUGUUAUUGAGUAUCAAUUGCAAAAAUCCACUUUGAAUAAUAAUGACGAUACUCCCAUUGAAGCCAAAUUACCCCAGCAAUUGCUUGAUUGCAUCACCACCACCAACUAUGAUACCAUCACUUAUGGAAAGUAUUUGUGGAGUUGGUUGUUGAUCUUGGAUCACUUCAAAGACAUCACUUAUUCCAUUAGAAAUUCAUACAUUCUUCAAGUGGAGAAGGAGCUCCAUAACUUAUUGGACUUCAUAGUGUACCAUGUUGAUUUGACCAAACCUGGCUUAUUGGAACUUGAACACUAUGAUAUACUCAACGAUGAUUUAGAACUGGAUCCUCAAGUUCUUUUAUUCCAUUUGUUUUAUCUUUGUCUCAAGUACUUGGGGUCUCUGACUCAAUCGUGGUUGAAUGGCAUUCGAGACCGUCAAUUAAAGAAUCGGAUUGAAAGAUUUACCAUGAAGAAUAUAUCACCAAUCUUGAUCAAUGAAAUCUUUGAAGACAUCACCAAAUCAAAGAACAAGCUAUCCAAUGAUUUGAUGACAUUGAAGAUUAACCAAGUGACCAAUGAAAUCAAAUCCACUUAUGUUAUAGAUGAACAAACCAUGGAAAUGAUCAUCAAGAUUCCUGAAUUAUAUCCUUUAGCCAAUGUGACGGUAGAUGGUCCCUUACGGUUGGGAGUGAACGAAAACCAAUGGAAGGCAUGGCUUCUUGCUUCGCAAAGAAUCAUUUCUUUGACCAAUGGUUCUGUUUUGGAAGCAAUUGAAACCUUCAACAAGAACGUUAGUUAUCAUUUCUCCGGAUUUGAAGAAUGUGCAAUUUGCUAUUCUAUUUUACAUCAAGACCAUUCAUUACCUUCCAAAACAUGUUCUACUUGUGGGAACAAGUUCCAUGCUGCUUGUCUUUAUAAAUGGUUCAAAUCUUCUGGAGGAUCAACAUGUCCCUUGUGUCGUACGGCAUUCAACUUCAGAACAAGAACAUGA